UUCGGUCAUUCGGCAUUAAGAGUCUCGCUGCGCUACUCCAUUUCCUUCUCCUGUUUUCUUCUUAGGGUGGAUGGUUGGGCAAAACAAACGUCAAAUUUCAAUAAAAUCCCAGUAGAAAAAAGCAGAAACUCUCGAGACUUUGUGAAGAGAAAAGGACGAUUAACAUAAGGGAAAAUCUGAAGCUCCCACCUUGAAUCCCUACUCUUCCCACUCCAGAGAAGAAGAAAACAACAGAGGAAGGCGGUUUCUUCUAAUUUCCCUGCUAACAGCAGCAGCCCAGCUAUUAAACUCAGCUCAAGAACCGUACUCAGAUCUCUACUGCGCUCCUUUGUUUUUUCUGCAGAUCUCCCUUCGUCACACUACUUUGAAAGUCUAGGUCUUCCCUUCUGCAAUUUUUUUUUGUUAUUCUCUUCAUUCCCGUAUUGGUUCUUCGACGAAUUUAUGCAGCUUUUAGGGGAGGUUUUUGGGUACAUGCACUCAUGCCGUGAUGGGUUUUUCUCUCUUUGUAUUGAUUAUAAUUUUGUGGGUUUUUUUUUGGUUUUCAGCAAUCGAAGGGCUUCUUUACAAUUUGUGAGUUUCCUCCAUGGCCAUGGAGGCGAAGGUUGCAGCUGAUGCUGAUACCUGAAGAACCAUCACUUUUGAAUUUAUUGGCUGUUAAUCGAGCGAUACUAAUACCUGAGUUGGGUUCCUGAGAUGGUUAGCUCUGCCUCCGAUGAACUCCACAACAGCAACGCAAAAGCCAUUGAUGCGUCGGUGGGCGGUUUAGUUUGGGUUCGCCGGAGGAACGGGUCGUGGUGGCCUGGUCGGAUUAUGAGUAUGGACGAGAUUGCGGAGGGUAAUUUGGUUUCGCCAAGAUCGGGCACUCCAGUCAAGUUACUUGGCCGAGAUGAUGCUAGUGUGGAUUGGUAUAAUCUUGAAAAAUCCAAAAGGGUGAAGGCAUUUAGAUGUGGAGAAUAUGAUGAAUGCAUCGAAAGAGCUAGGGUUGCAGCAGCAAAUGGCAAUAGGAAAGCAGUCAAAUAUGCUCGUAGGGAAGAUGCUAUUCUCCAUGCUCUUGAGAUUGAGAAUGCUCGACUAGAAAGGGAUCAACUUGAGGUAGCUUCUGCAUCAAAUAAUCUAGAGCCAGCCAGAGAAUCAGCAAGCAUGUCUCUUUCGGGAAAAGUAGAUGAGAAUGUCAUUGAUGAGGCUAGUGAUGCCAAUGAUUCAGGUUCUGGUUUGGUUCCGGACCAGAGUUCAGAUGUGGAUUCAGCACCCGAAUUAUCUCAAUCUGGAAUAUCUUUUGAAGAGCCGAAUCAUGUUGUUGAUGCAUCUAAAGUGUCAGCUGGCUUAGUUAAAAGGAGAAGAACACCGAAUGAUUCUGAGGAUGAUGGGACAGAAGGAACAAAACGAAUGAGAGGCCUUGAGGACCUGGGAAUGGGAAUAGCAGAUUCUAAUGUCGGUAAUGGCAAUCCUGUAAAUGCAAACAGCAAAGUUUAUUGUCCCUCCUUGAAAAGAAAGAGAUCACAAGUGGCAAAUGUCCAUGAGUUCUUGAAAAAGAGAAAUCGUCGCAGGCCUUUGACUAAGGUUCUGGAGAGUACAGUCAUGGUGUCUGUUCCCAUAAGCUGUGACCAAGUUCCCAGUACUAGUGGUUCACCCAUUGAAGGGUUGUCGGACAGCAAGGUCUCUGGUUUGGAAUCUAAUGAAUCUAAAAAGGGUCCAUUUGCGGGCAAUAACAACAACUCUGAUAGCACUGUGGUUUCAUGUGAGAAUGGCGCCGUCUCCCUGAGUCCUCCUGGACAUGCUGCUUGUGAUGAUUCUCUCACUGCCAAGGUGGCAAAAGAGAAUGAUAAAAUUGGUGCAGCAGGGUUAGCUGAGGAUGGCUCUUCAGAUCAGUUGCAUGAUGUGCCAUUUGCCGGGGUGGACAAACUCACUACAGGUCUCUCACCAACACUCGCCUCAUCUUCAUCCCGAAUCCAUCUAGUUGGUGUAUCAGGUGGGCAAUCUAGUCCAACUUGUCUAGCAGAAACUGCACCAUUGCAAAACGAGUCUGGUCCGACAACUUCGGCAGCAGCGAACAAUAUCAACAACCAGAGGAUAGAGGAAGGUACUUCAAAAUGGCAACUAAAAGGAAAGAGGAAUUCCAGACACACAAAGCGCGGAAAACAAACUUCUUCCCGAAAAUACAUGGACUUGGACGAAGCAACUCCUGCUCAUUACCCAGUAGUUAUGGACCACUUGGAAGGACUCAAUCAAACUUCCCAAGAUGCUUCACUCGGUUUUGUUGCUAAAGAUGAGCUCGAUGGGUUUCAGGAUUGGAACAGAUCUAUUGCUCUACCGCCUCAGAGAUCGCUUCCAUAUCGACAGUCACGAUUCAUGCUGAACUCCAGGUAUGAAUCGGCAGACUUCCCCAUCCGGAAAGUCUUAGGCGAUGAGAAACUGUACGAGGUGAAGCUUGAAGUGAAAUCCAACUACCGGCCACAGCAUGUUCCGUUAGUUUCCUUGAUGAGCAAGUUCAAUGGUAAAGCGAUUAUAGGUCACCCUUUGACGGUUGAGGUUUUGGGCGAUGGUGCUUGUGAUCAUAUGGUGGGAUCUACAACAACUGGAUCAUCUGUUGCUGCAACAACUUCAGCAGCCAUUAGUGAAGCUCCUGAAUUGGGUAGGAAAAACUCGUGUGGUAGUGGUGGGAGACGUGGUGGCAAGCGUAUAUCAAGGAAGAGGCGGCUUAAGAGGAAAGGCAGCAAGUUGAGGAAAUCCGGGUUGUUAUCUAAAAAGAUCAGGAAGCUAUCUUCACUCACAGGGAAGAAAAUGGAAGGAAGAGAAGCUGCCUUAGUGGAGAAGGCAAAUGGCGCUGUAAUAGCUUGUAUCCCACUCAAGUUAGUGUUCAGCCGGAUAAACGAGGCAUUGAAUGGUUCUGCUGCAUCAUGACAACCACAAGCACACCUUGGUUUACAUUCUUCGGGCGACUCGUGAGAUCAGCAGCAAUCACAUCAUUUGUGUGAUCAUUUUUCUUUUUGAUUGAGUGGUAUAAGAGAGCAGAAAUAACAUUUCUUGUUGGCGAGUUCCAACUCUCUGUUUGUGUAAAUAUGUAACAGUAGUCGAGUGAGAUAUAUGGUUGUGUAAAGCUGGGGAAAGAGCAUGCAAGAGCCAGAUAGUAAUUCAGCAGGCACCUUGGAUCUGAUAGGGUAGUUUUAGGUUUUGAUGGAUUAGUUAAAGAGAGCUUAAUAACUUUGGAUUUGGCCACUGCCCACAUGUCAGGUCACUUAAUCCAAACAAAAAGGGUAAAAGAAGAAAAAAUAAUCCUUUCAUUGUUUCAUCACUUGAUUAAGAAUAAGCCCUAACCCCCCC